CCGGUGUCAUAGAGCAUCCUCGGCAACUGCCCAGCCUGGUUCACAGACAAGGAGAGCAGAGACACGGUCCUUGCCAUUUACUGGUGCACUCCCUGUUCUGACGAAGACGACAUUCAGGCAGUAAUUGCAGCAAAGAAAUCUAAACUUCAGCCAUGGCUUUGUCACACCGGGAGCCACUCAGUGAGACGGUGGGAAAGCGCAUGGUGGUCACAGGUCCAGACUACAUAAAAGAUCACUUGCCUAAAGUUCACCAGCAUACCUCCUAUAUAGGAGAAAAGCGUCCAGCAUUAGAGAAAACUGGAGAUCUCAGAUAUUUAUGGAGGCCUGCUUCAAACAGAAGCCUGCCGGCAAAGUAUAAACACGAGUACAUUGGUGGAAUUGGUUGGGGGAUACCACAGUACAGUUUCUUCAACAGAUCAAGACUGGAAAGUGGCUUUCAUAUCCAGCACGGCGAACUAAGUCUUCGAGCGUUGGAGAAAGUAACGCACCGCUAUCAAAACCCUUGUCAGCUGGAGCAUGGACCAUGGGGUUGCUCAUGGUUGCUGGUGGCGAACUCAGCUGGCAGGAAGAUCUCCGACCCAGACAAGGACCUCGGAGGCAGCCCAGACAACGGACAUCAACAAGGCCUCGGGGAGCAGAUCAGGCCACUCACAUCAAUAUUGCCCCAAGUUGCAACACUACCCGGGGACAUCAACAUGGCUUCAGGUGGCAAUACAGGACAUCCCCCUAGCCUUCAGUUGUUACCAUCCCCCCCAGACAUCAAUACAGACUCUGGGAGGACCACAGAACCAAACACGGCCCCCAGUAGCAGUGCGGGCUUAGAUUAUGUGUCUUCAGGUGACAGCACAGACUAUUCAGAUUGGUUUGGCCCCCAUAGGCAGUAUAGGCCACACACAUCAAUAUGGCCCCCACCUGCAGCACGUCCCAGGGACAUCCGAAUGAUUUCAGGAUAUCCACAUGGCCUUCAGUUGUUCACAUGCUCCACAGACUUCAACACAGACUCUGACUACAGUAGGACCACAGACCCAGAUGUGGUCCUCAGUAGCAGCCUAAUCCCAGAUAUAAACAUGGUUUCACGUGGCCACCAAGGGUUCCCAGAUUGGUAUGGCUCCCAUAGGCUGCGCAGGCCACUCACAUCAGUAUGGCCCCCAGCACGACCCAGGGACAUCAACAUGACUUCAAGUUCCAGCUUAGACCACCGACAUCCCCAUGGCAUUCACUUGUUAACAUCCCCAACAGACAUCAACACAGACUCUGGCUAUAGUAGAACCACAGAUCCAGACAUGGCCGUCAAGAGUAGCAUGAGCCCAGAUAUCAACAUGUCUCCAGGUGGUGGCAAAGGUUACUCAGAUUGGCAUGGCCCCCAGAAGCAGCGCAGCCCACAGACAUCAAUAUGGCCUCCGGUGGCAACACAGCCCACAGAUAACUGCAUGACAUCAGGUAGUAACAAACACCUGACCACAGACAUCAACAAAGACCUCAGAUGCAGUACCAUGCAAUACCGUGCAGAUGGGGCCAUGGACAGCACUGUGGGCUCAGAGAGCAACCCAGCCCAGGGUUAUCAACACGGCUUCAGGCUGAAGCAUAGACUGAGGAGGUCUGCAUGGAGUUAGGUAGUAUAAAGGACACAGACAUCAACUCAGCCCCUGGCCACAUCAGGACCACUGACACACACGUGGCCCUCGCAUGGCCCACGCAUGACCCAUGCAUGGCAGUGACAUCAAGGACCAGUUCUGCCUCUUCCCACCGCAUAUGUUCUGCUGCACUCUUCUGCCCUUACCCCACCCCCACUGCUCAUUUAUUCGUUCAUCAUCAGGGUGCCCACCAGCCUUCAGCCUGUCCAGCUUUCACUGGCUUGUGCCCCAUUUUUUUCCUAUUAUAAUGCUUAUUUUUAACAUUUUAUUCUUUAUUUUUGAGAAUCUCAUACAUGUACCCAAUAAAAUAUGAUCAUACCGACUGAA